AACAGGCAGCCCAGAGAGUCCCACAAGGGAGGGUUUUCAGGACACUCCAGAGGUUGACGGGUGCAGAAGGGAGGCGGGCGCUUUCCUAGAAGAGAAGUGGGUCAGGCCCAACUGAAAAGCAAGCCUGGCACCAGAAGGGGGACAUUCCGGAACUAGAUAUGAAGAGACUUUUCUGCCUGAAGCUCCCCGGACCCAAUUAGAUGUUGUACCCAGGCUGGUUACCCUGGUAACAGGCGUCGCGAUUUGUCAAGGAACUGAGAGAAGAGGCUUAAGAAAAUUAUUUACCACUCAUCAGUCAUGGAGACAUCCUCAAAGGGUCUGCUUACCCAAGUUACUCAAUUUUGGAACCUCCUAGAUGAUCUAGCUGAAAGUGACCCUGAGGGCUAUGAGAAGUUUAUUCAGCAGCAGCUGAAAGAAGGGAAACAGCUCUGUGCUGCCCCAGAACCACAGCUUUGUCUACAGACCAGGAUUUUGAAACCAAAAGAAAAAAUACUUUUUAUCAACCUGUGUCAGUGGACAAGGAUCCCAGCUCCCCAGUCAACCACUCAUCCAGUACCUCUAACUGUUGGCAAACCAGAAGAUACAACUGAGACAUCAGAUGCUUACACAGUCAUUGAUGUUGCCUACAAUCCUGAUGUUCUUCAGGCAGCAGAAAAGGACCAAGUGAAAAAAAAUCAGUUAAUUCAGAUGGCCAUGAAAUGCAUUGAGGAGAAAUUCCAGUUCACCCUCUCACAAUCUUACCAUAUUACCAAAUUUAGAAUAAAAGGAAGCAUUCAAAGAAUGAAACAAAAUCUGAUGGGAAUCCAAACUGAUUCCAUAGAUUUAAGAGAAAAAAUGAGAAGGGAACUAACUCUUGGACAGAUACGAAGCAGUACUAUGAGCAAUCCAGAUCACUUUCCUCGACUGUUACUGCCAAAAGACCAAGUUUCAGGCAAAGCAGUGUGUCUGAUAGAAGAGAUUUCCAGUACUGAAAUCCAGGUGGAGAUGAAGAUGCCAGCCUAUGAACUAAAAAUUGUGCAUGAUCACAAUGAGAAACCUCUGAAAAUUGAGUUGAAAGUUGAAUUACCUGGUAUUAAUUCUGUCUCUCUCUGUGACCUUAGUGUUUCUGAGGAUGAUUUAUUGAUUGAAGUAUCUGAGAAGUACAGAUUACAUCUGAAUCUUCCAAAACUUAUUGAUACUGAAAUGACCACAGCAAAAUUUAUCAAAGAAAAAUCCACGCUAAUCAUCACAAUGCCUUUGGUGUAAAAGAACAGCAUCAUAUGUUUUGGGUUUUCAGUGCUAAAGUCACGUGAAUUAAAGGACCUUCAUUUUGGCUAAA